AUGGGAUCCAUCCCAUUUUGCACCCUUUGCUGCUUUAUUAGCAUAGCAGCAGCCAAUAUAUUUGAAUACCAGACAGAUUCCCAACUGUUACGUCCAUGUGAACUUCAGAGGGAAAAGGCUUUUUCAGAAGGAGAAACCUACAUUCCUCAGUGCUCAGAAGAUGGCCAGUUCAGGACAGUUCAGUGCAGUAGGAAUGGUCUUUCCUGUUGGUGUGUGGAUGAGAAUGGCAUUGAGGUUCCUGGCAGCAAACAGAAUGGAUAUCCCACAUCUUGUUUAUCAUUUUGCCAGCUGCAAAAGCAGAGGAUCUUGGUGAGUCGCUACAUCAACAGCAGCAGCAUCUCCUACAUCCCUCAGUGCCUGGAUUCAGGGGCAUUUGAUGCGGUGCAGUGUGACACGGAGCUGGGUCAGUGCUGGUGUGUAGAUCCAGAAGGAAUGGAGAUUUAUGGCACCAGGCAGAGAGGAAGGCCAACACGGUGUCCGGGGAACUGUGAGAUCCGAGAGCGUCGCAUUCUUCAUGGGUUUGGGGAGAAGAGCCCACCACAAUGCUCAGCAGAUGGAGAGUUUCUGCCUGUCCAGUGCAAGUUUGUCAACACUACAGACAUGAUGGUUUUUGAUCUCAUCCAUAGUUAUAACAGGCUCCCGGAGGCUUUCCAAACGUUCAGCUCCUUGCGGGAGAUGUUCCCAGAGGUCUCUGCAUACUGUUACUGCGCGGACAGCCUGGGAAGAGAGUUAGCAGACACUGGCUUGGAACUGCUGCUUGAUGAAGUUUAUGACACAAUUUUCUCCACGCUGGAGCCUGCCCGCAUGUUCACGGAGACCAGCAUAUAUCGGAUCCUGCAGAGGCGGUUUCUGGGGGUUCAGCUAGCUACCUCUGGCAAGUUCAGAUGCCCCUCGAAGUGUGAGGUUGAGCGGUAUGCAGCCCUGCGUUACCAGCAUGCCUACGUGCCGUCUUGUGAUACAGAUGGGGGCUAUGCGGCAGUGCAGUGUCAGCGGGGAGGACAGUGCUGGUGUGUGGACACCAAAGGGCAAGAGGUCCAGGGCACAAAGAGACGAGGACAGCCCCCGGCCUGUGGUGAAGAACAAGUGUGCAUCUCGGAGAGACGACGGGCCUUGUCGAGGAUCUUUUAUGGCCCUGCUGGGUACUUCAGUCAGCUGAAUUUGUUUUCCAUGCCAGAUAUGCAGUUGGAAAAAAUAACAGGCUUCUCAAGACCCUGCCCUCCCUCCUUCAAGGAGCUGUUUCUGGACUCUGGAUUGUCGUCCCCAGUUGUACAAAGCUCCUCUGUCAGCCAGAUUCCUGGGCUAGAAACCACCCUUAGUGAAGCCAUCACGGGGAUGUUCCCAUCAAGAGAACUGGCUCAAGUGGCACUGCAAUUUACUGCUGAUCCAAAGCGUUUCCAAGAAAACCUCUUUGGAGGAAGGUUCUUGAAGAAUUUGAUCCAGUUUAACUUCACAGGGGCACUUGGCACUAGUGGGAAAUACAACAUUGGCCAAUUUUUCCCACAGGAGGCAGAGAGGGAUAACGGCCAAGGCCUUCUGGAAUCAGCUGAGACCUUUUCAUUGGAGGUGUCAAAGGGGAGCUCCAUUUUGAGUAAACCUCUUGUAGGCAGCUUUGGCCGCACAGUAACUCUACAGGACAAUCAGAAUAUGAUGAAAUUCCUUUCCUCUGUUCUGGAACUACCAGAGUUCUUUACUUUUCUUCAGCAAGUGAUUUCUGUCCCCAAAAGUGUUGCUGAAGAUUUAGGUGAAGUGGUGAAACUAGCAUUGGGGUCUGAAGACUGUGGUGAGGAGCCAAGGGACCUGUUUGUUCCAACAUGCACGAAGGAGGGGAGGUAUGAGGAAGUUCAGUGCUAUGCAGGAGAGUGCUGGUGUUUGGACACUUCAGGUAAGGAAGUUCCAGGCUCAAGAGUUCAAGGCAAACGUCCAAGGUGUCCCACUGAUUGUGAGAAGCAAAGGAGAAACCAGCAAAACUUGAAGCAAAGCCUGCCUGCGGGAUCAGAUCUUUUUAUUCCCUCUUGUAGUGAAGAUGGAGACUUUCUGCCACUCCAGUGUUAUGGGACAAAUUGCUUCUGUGUUGAUUUGAAUGGCAAUACUAUUCCAGGAAUAAGGGGAAAAGCUGGAAAGCUGAUGCAAUGCCCCAGUGCUUGCCAAGUAACAGCUGGUCAGGAGUUUCUAAAGGCUGUGAAACUCCUGUUGUCAGAUCCAAGCACUCUGUCUCAGCCCUCCAGCAUUUACCUCCCGCAGUGUGAUGCUGACGGUGCCUGGAGGCAGGUGCAGUGCAGUGGACCUUCUGAGCAAGCCUUUGAGUGGUACGAAAGGUGGAUUGCAGAGAACAAUGAAGGCAAAACCCUGCCUGUUGCUGAUCUAUUUAACAUCAUAACUGGAUAUAAAGAGGCGUCUUCCAAAGGCUUUUCAGCUUUUAUUAAAGCCUUGUAUGAGGCUGGGCACCAGAAUGUCUUCCCAGCAUUCACCUCGUAUUCCUCCUUCACUGAUCUCCCACCUGAGGUGCUUGAAGGAAACGUGACCUAUGCAUCUGAGAACGUUUUACUGGAUCCAUAUAUAUUCUGGCAGCUUCUGAAUGAGCAGCUGACCUAUUACCCAGGACCCUAUACUGAUUUCAGUGCUCCAUUAAGCCACUUUGAACUUCGUGAUUGCUGGUGUGUUGAUAGCAAAGGAGAAGAGCUGCAAGGAACAAAAGCAGAAGUGAACCGGGUCCCAGCAUGUCCUGGUAUAUGUCAAGGUGUUAAGCAGGAAGCCAUGAAAUUUAUGGAGGAGGCAGAGCAGCUCAUCCUAGCAUCAAAUAGUUCCCACUUCCCUUUUGGAGAAAGCUUCUUGAUGGCAAAGGGAAUACAGCUCACAGACAAUGACCUCCUACGUUCUGCUCGGCCCUACGAGACAGAAGUGGUGGUCUCUGAAAAGCUGUUAUCGGGCAGUGACUAUGCUCUCCAGCUGGCUGCAUGGUCAGUCUUGCAUUUCUACUGGCGGAAUCACUUUACUUCAAAACAUUCUGCUGGGGAAGCAAUGCAGCUGGGAUUUCUCCCUUACAUCCCACAGUGUGAUGGCCUGGGAAACUGGGAGCCAACUCAGUGCUAUGAGAGCACAGGUCAUUGCUGGUGUGUGGAUGAGAGAGGACGUUACGUGACAGAUUCCUUGGUCUCACGCUCAGCAGAACUUCCCAAAUGCCAGACAUCAUGUCAGCGGUCUCGAACCAAUGCCUUAAUUUCCAGCUGGAAACAGACUGAUCUUUUCAUCCCCUACUGCCUUGAGACAGGAGAAUACGCUGUGCUACAGAGAUCCGGCACAGAUAUUUGGUGUGUAGAUCCUGUGUCAGGAGAAGUAUUUCAGCGUGGCAGCAAAGAUUUGGAUGGCAAUCCUGAGUGUCCUAGUUUCUGUAAAAUUCUGAAGUCUAAAACUGGUUUACAAGAAGCUGGCAAAGGCUACAUCCCACAGUGUGAAGGGGACAACGGGACUUUCUCACCUGUGCAGUGCAGCCAGGAUCAAGAGAGCUGCUGGUGUGUCUUUGACAAUGGAGAAGAGGUGCCAGGGACACGAGUAAGCAGAGGAAGACCUGCAUGUGCAA